AUGGCCACUCAGGGGUGGGCAGAUGCGAUGCUUCAUCAACCAAAAGACUUGAUCGAAGUGAGCCAGUUGCUGUAUGAUCCACCACCACAAAGUAGGAGCCUCUCUGCAGAAGAGAGGGGCAGGAAGCUGGUCCAGGCAGCUGAGGAGGGGGAAGUGGGGGAACUGAGGGCGCUGAUCGCCGCAGGGGCCAACGUGGGGACGAGAGGCCAGUGGGGGUGGACCGCCCUGCACUGGGCAGCAGACAGGGGAGACGCCGAGGCGGCGAGGCUGCUGGUGGAGGCGGGGGCGGCGGUGGACGCCAGGGAUGUCAGUGGGUAUACGCCCCUGCAUUACGCGUCAGUCCAUGGCCGCGCAGAAGUGGCGGCUCAGCUGCUCGACGCGGGGGCCGACAGGUGGGCCACAACUGGUGGUGGGGAGACAGCGCUGCACCUCGCCAGGCGGUACAAGCAUAGGCGGCUGGUGAAGAUGCUGUCAUGA